ACCGGGUGCGAACGCACUAGCCCCGAGCGGUGCGGCGCGUGGGGUGGGGGGGCGGUCGCUGGGCCGGGCCGGGGCUCAGGUUAGUUGGCUGUGAGCAGGAGUUGCCCUCCCCCGUCCCCUCCCGCGACAUCCGGAGGCCUCAGCUGCGCUCUGGGCUGGCGGCGCGCCGGUGAGUCAGGCCGGGUUUUCCCUCCGCCUCUAGGGCAGGCGAGCGAGCGAGCGCCUCGGAGCGCGUCCCUACCUCGCCAAUCCGGCUCCGGCGCCCGCCCGCCCGCGUUUUCCCGACGUCUGUCACCCGGCGGCUCUGGCCCGGCUCGCAGUCUCGGCUGGACCGGCGCCCUGGAAGGAGGGUUCAAAUCCGCGCGAGUGAACUGCAGAGCGAGAGGGGUGCGGAGUGGCGCCAGUAUGCAGCUGUCAGUGCUCCGCUGAAAAUUCAUGGCCACAGCCCCAGGCUCUGUCGGCAUUGCCAUGGGCAGCGUGGGCAGCCUGUUGGAACGGCAGGACUUCUCCCCUGAAGAGCUGCGGGCAGCACUUGCGGGGUCCCGGGGCCCCCGCCAGCCCGAUGGGCUCCUCCGGAAGGGCUUGGGCCAACGUGAGCUCUUCAGCUACUUGCACCUCCCCAAGAAGGACAGCAAGACCGGCAAGCGGGCCGCCCGGAACGAGCCUGCCGACUAUGCCACCCUUUACUACCAGGAGCAUCCUCGGGCUGGUGACUUCAGCAAGACCUCACUGCCCGAGCGGGGACGUUUCGACAAGUGCCGCAUUCGCCCGUCGGUCUUCAAGCCUGUGGCGGGCACCGGGAAAGGCUUCCUUUCCAUGCAGAGCCUGGCAGCCCACAAGGGCCAGAAGCUGUGGCGCAGCAACGGCAGCCUGCACAUGCUGGCCUGCCACCCGCCCCUGAGCCCGGGGCCCCGGGCCAGCCAGGCCCGAGCCCAGCUGCUGCACGCCCUCAGCCUGGACGAGGGCAGCCCAGAGCACGAGCCCAGCCUGUCUGAUUCCUCUAGUGGGGGCAGCUUUGGCUGCAGCCCUGGCACAGGCCCCGGCUCCAGCCCCUUCAGCUCCUCCAUGGGCCACAUGAACCACCUCGGGGGCUCCCUGGACCGGGCCUCGCGGAGCCCCAAGAAGGCUGGGCCGAUGGCCAUGCUGAGUUGCCUGCCUGAGCCCCCACCCCCCUACGAGUUCUCCUGCUCCACUGCCGAAGAGGUGAUGGCCAUGCUUCCUGACACCUGUGAGGAUCUCAAGAGAGGUCUUGGUGACGAGGAUGGUGCCAACCCCUUCACGCAGGUGCUGGAGGAGCGCCAGCGGCUGUGGCUGUCGGAGCUGAAGCGCCUGUACGUGGAGCGGCUGCAUGAGGUGGCCCAGAAGGCUGAGCGCAGUGAGCGAAACCUCCAGCUGCAGCUGUUCGUGGCCCAACAGGAGCAGCGUCGCCUGCGCAAGGAGCUUCGUGCACAGCAGGGCCUCGCCCCUGAGCCUCGGCCCCUAGAAGCUGACCUUAACACUAGUCCAGAGGAGGAAGCACGAUGGGAGGUGUGCCAGAAGACUGCAGAGAUUAGCCUCCUGAAGCAGCAGCUGCGGGAGGCCCAGGCCGAGCUGGCCCAGAAGCUGGCUGAGAUCUUCAGCCUGAAGACACAACUCCGGGGCAGCCGGGCACAAGCCCAGGCCCAGGACGCAGAGCUGGCCCGGCUGCGCGAGGCGGUGCGGAGCCUGCAGGAGCAGGCCCCACGGGAGGAAGCCCCAGGUGGUUGUGAGACUGAUGACUGCAAGAGUAGGGGGCUGCUGGGGGAGGUAGGAGGCAGUGAGGCCAGAGAUGGCGCCGAGAAGCUGCGGGCCGAGCUGCUGCAGGAGCGGCUCCGGGGCCAGGAGCAGGCUCUACGCUUUGAGCAGGAGCGGCGGACGUGGCAGGAAGAGAAGGAGCGGGUGCUGCGCUACCAGCGGGAGAUCCAGGGGAGCUACAUGGACAUGUACCGUCGCAACCAGGUGCUGGAACAGGAGCUGCGGGCACUGCGGGAGCCCCCUGAGCCCUGGAGUCCUCGGCUUGAGUCCUCCAAGAUCUGAGGCCAGCGGCGAGAGCCGACAGCAGAAACGCUGUCAGAAGAUGGCUUGGGCGAGCCCACCCUGAGAAGGCCGGCUCCAUCCUGACAUUGGUCUGGGGCAGAAUCCGCUGAAGCCAGCCGGGAUGGGGAAGCCCACCGAGAGAAGGGAUCCAGAGGGGCUGUGGGCUGGGUAGGAUGCCAGCAGCAGGAGCCAGGCCCUCCUAGCUGAGAAGUACCCCAGCAGGGCCCAGCCUGUGGCCCUGGAAAGGGAGAUGAGGUGCCCAAGAUUCAGAGGGCUAGGCACGAGAGAGGGAGGCUGGGACAGGAACAUUGGCCUCCCCCAGAAUGAAACCACAGUAUUUUUUUUUAAUUGGUUUGAGAGACAGAGACAGAGACAGAGAGAGGGAGAGAGAGGAAAAACCAAUUGAUUUGUUGUUCCACGUAUUUAUGCAUUCAUUGAUUGCUUCUUGUAUGUGCCCUGACUGGAGAUUGAACCUACAACGUUGGUGUAUUGGGGUGAUGCUGUAACCCACUGAGCUACCUGUCCAGGGCUAAAACCACAUUUUCUAUGAGGAGGCCCUGGGUGAUAUGUUGGGCCUGUCUCAGACCUGAGUUGAGCCGAUCCAGGAGGGUCAGGAUUGGGAGUCAUGGACCUGGGCAGUAUAGCUCCUUCCGUGGUCCUGGUCAGUGGGAGGGUGUGCCCGGUGCCUGUGUUGGGCACGUGUGUUGGCAGGUGGAGGAGUCCUCUUCUUUGCCCCAGUACCACAUGGUUCCUUAGCUGCCAUGUGGGCUGAAAUUCCUUUCUUCAUCACCAAUGGGAUUUUUCAGAAGGAACAAUGCCAGGGAAUGUAGAAAAACAAAAGGGCAAAUCAUCCAAGGCAUUGCUUGAACAUGAAACGUUCUCUUCAUGGGAAGUCUCAGCCACAGUGCCCAGGCCCCUGCCAGGUGUAGAGCCAGCCUCAGGCAACUUCCGCCGAAGCUCCUUAAGGCUCCUGCAGGGAUCUGCCUGUCCCAGCACCCACCUCCCAUCUUCCUGUCUGGCUGUGGUGCACGCCUCCCUCCGUAGGGAUGGGGGCUCUGGGAAGGUGCGGGAGACUGGCAGAAAAAGCUUGUGGGUCACCAGAUAAAGGGCCUUUGCCACUACAAGGAAUGUGGACACAUCCCCAUAGGCAUGAAGGACCAUGGAGUUUUUAAGCAGAGGUGAGAUAAGAGCUGAUUUGCAUUCUGGAAAGCAGCCCCUGCCUCUCAGACAUCUGGCUUCCCCUCUGGGCCUUUUUUUCCUCAGGGAUAGGUGUCCUUGAGUGCAGACCCAGGCCAGCCAUGCAGGUGGGUGUCACCCUCCACUUGUGGUAAAGCUCAACAUCCUUACAGGUGAAUCACUAUGGCCGCUGCCACACAGUGAGGGCUUCCCUCUGCCAGGCACUGUUCGACUGCCAGGUAGGGCAUGGGGGCUCUGGUGGGAAUCUUUCUGCUCCAGGGAAGGCAGGAGACAGGCAGACUUCUCUCCUCCCAGUGGUUGCCCUGGUGAGGCAGGUGCAACCUCAGAGGAGUUCUCGGCAGAGAUCCUCAGCUUCCUCCCCGUGGCCUUGCCCUCCUCCUGCAGAGCUGGCAGCCCCCCCCCCCGCCCCGCCCCGUGGGCCCCAGCAGGUGGGGCCUGCGCAGGGGUGUGGAUUGAGCUGUAGAGUGUGAGCCAGUGUGCUCCACCUUUUCAGGGCGGAGAGGGGUGUGUGAGUUGACUGUCAAGGGGUUGGUGUGUCUGUGGCCCUGUGAGCGGUAGGUGUGUGCAGAGAUGGGCUGUGGGUGGUGGGUGUGUCUGAGGGGGUGUGUUUGGGGCUGCUUUCUGCUGCUCCCUUGGCCCCAUUACUUCCCCCCAGCUCCAGUCCCUUUAUCUGGCCAGGCUUGGGUGGAGCCUGUGGCUGGUAUAGACCCUUGGCCCUAGCUGAGACCCGUCUAGGCCCACCCCUCAGCCUGGGGAGGGGACAGGAACACCUGGGUCGGGCAGUCCUGCUCUCCACGGGCCUCAGUGUCCACUUCAUACCUCUCCAAACCACGGUUUCUGGGCCCGAGGCCCCCCACCCCCCACAGCUGAGUGCUGGCCUGAGGUCUUGGCCCGGAGCUGGUCAGACCGGGUGCCCACAAGCCCCGCAACGUCAGGGUCUGCUUUUCUAUGCACCACCUCUGCAAAACGACUCCGCACCCAGCAAUUAGAGAGCUGGGCUGGCCAGUACUGCCAGCAGGGAGUGGGUGGGCGGUACCAAAACUUGGCAGCUGUGCCAGAAACCAAGACCAGGCCCAGAUGUAGGGGGAGGGCUCGAGGGAGCCAAGCUGGGGCGUCUCAGACGGAACCUGAUCCCUAUUAGCUUAUCCCUGGGGAAACCAGCUCUGGUCCCCAAGCCGGCUCAGUGGCUCUCGAGCCAGCUGAUUACAGGUGCCACUGCAGUGGCUGCUGCUGCCCGGCAGCUCCUCCCUUCGGCCACUGGCAGGCCCCUCUACCACCAGCAGACUACGCCCAGGCAUCUCGUUCUCCAGAGCUGUGGCGAGACCCUACCCAGGCUCCCUGCCUGCUCCUGGUUCCCCUUGUGCUCAGCUCAGGUAGUGUCGCGCCUGCUGGCUGCUCCCUGGGCCCCUCAGUCUGUCUCUCAAGGCUUUGGACAGUCACUGAUAACGGUGCCCCUUCUGACCCCAGCACCCUCUGGGCCUUCCUCCUGUAGCCAGAGCCCCUCCCUGUGCUCAGGUCUUGCCUCUUCAGGGAAGCCUUUCCUGAACUCACACAGGGCAGUCUCCUUCCUUGUGCCCACAGCCCCAGGUGCCUCUCCGCCAGCUCUCUUUGUGCUGCUGGAGUUGUCCCUUCACCUUUGUCUCCACUGGGCUGCAGGCCUCCUUAGGCACAGCCAUGUCUUGUUUUUAUCCCCAGAGCCCUCCAGCUCCAGCCCCAGAAGGCACUGGGGGGCUUCGGAGUCAAAAGGGACCAGACCCUUCCCCUGAUUGGCAUGGAUUUGAGCUGGUGGUAGGGUGGGGUACAAGGGGAGGGUUCCUGCUCCAAGUGUCCAUUCACCUGUGGGCACCUGGUGCUAACCAUAUCUGCCAGGCUCUAGGGCUCCCAAGCUGGCCGCCAUUCACUGCACACUGAUCUACUGCUGCCCUCCUCGGGGCCUGGCGUGGUUUCCAGGAGAGGAAGCCAAAGUGGCCAGGACCUCUGCCCUCUUGGCCCUUCCCCAUGGGGGCAGGGGAAGGAGAUGACACACAUGUCCAUGCAAUGACCAGGCCAGGCAGGAGACUGAGGACAGGAGGGUCCAGAGGGUGAAGGCUGGCUACUGGAGCAAGGCUGGGGCAGGAGUCAGUUGGGGGGUGGGGGAACAGGGGGCGGGGCACAGCCAGGGCUGUGCAUAUUAGCAAUCCUUUCUCCGGGGACAUGCAGGCAGUUUCCCCUAGUGGGUCUGGGCUUAGCUGUCUAUUAUAUUGGAUUCAGGAAAGAAAAAGAACAUGCUGUUUCUUGCAACAAAAGUGAAAUAUGUCACGUGAGAUGAGGGAGUGCCGUGGGUGUUCAGAGGACUUGCCACCGGCUCCCGUCACUCCAGCUGGUGGGAUGGGGGUGAGGAGGACUGACCAAACCUUGGUUAGGCUCUUCUGAGCUCUCUCUUUGACUGGGCCCGACCUUUGGAAGCCGUCCUUCCUUGUACAGUCCAGUUUGAGCGAGAGUUCUGCUAAGGUAGUUGAGUCGGAGCGGCCCAUCCUGCAUAUCGAAUCACCCUCCACAUGUAAUCUGGUUCCUUGUCCUCCACCACUCCCCAGGUGAUAUCUGAUUGUGGGCCUGCCUUCUGCAAGAUUCCUGUGGUCCAUUUAGUCAGAACCCUCCUUAGCCCCCUGAGGUUUCCUCUUAGUAACUUUCCAUCCACUGACCUCCACUCUCCUCUUGGUUGUAAAUUGUACUUUCCCUGUCGUAUUUGGAGUUGAGCCCACUCUCUGUCCCCUACUGCAAAACCCCAGUGCGGUAGCCCUCCCUUGAAUAAAAUCUUCCUUGCCACUCUUUAA